UUCAAAUUUCUAUUUCAGACAAACGAAUGUAAAAUAUCAUAACAUCAUGAAUGAGUUUAAGGAGCCAGAAAAAUCUUACAAAUUUUUCAAAUAUGCUGAUCCAGAACCAGGUGAAGAAGUUGUUAUUUCCGGAAUCGCUAGUAGAUUUCCAAAAUCCAACAAUGUCUACGAAUUCAAAGAUAAUAUUUUUAAUUGCAAAGAUUGCAUCACGGAUAACGGAACAGAAGCAGAGCAUUCAGAAAUUCCACGACGAACGGGGAAAAUUAACAAUAUCGAAAAAUUCGAUGCAUUAUUUUUUGACGUCGAUUUUAAAGAAGCACAUACUAUGAAUCCUAUGGGCAGAAUAUUGUUCGAACAUACUUAAGAAUCUAUUGUAGAUGCUGGAAUUCAUCCAAAAGAUCUUCGUGGAACGAGGACAGGUGUAUUCUUAGGUUCAUGCUUCUCCGAUACAGAGCAAACUUGGACCUACAACAAACUCAAGAUAAGUGGUGUUGGUAUCAUAAGCUGUAACAAAGCUUUUAUGACCAACAGAAUUUCGCAAUGGUUGGGUGUCACUGGACCAACAUAUAACAUCGAUACCGCGUGCAGAUCAUGUCUAUUUGCGAUGGAACACGCAUAUACAGCUAUACAUAACGGACAAUGUGAUUACGCGAUCGUCACUGGAUCAAAUCUUUGUCUUCAUCCAUUCGUAACUUUGCCAUUUAAACGUUUAGGACUAUUGUCCGAGGAUGGUCGUUGCAAGUGUUUCGACGAAGCUGCAGAUGGUUACGUGUGGAGCGAAGCCGUAGUUGUUGCAUUUCUGUAAAAAAGAAAAUAUGCUAAAAGAAUCUAUGCAACAGUUAUCCAUGCGAAAACAAAUUGCGAUGGUUAUAAGGAACAGGGAAUAACAUUCCCUUCUAGCCAAAUUCAGAGUGCUCUUUCCAAAGAAUUCUACGAUGAAUGCGGUGUACCAACAGCAUGUAUACCUUACAUCGAAGCUCAUGGUACAGGAACUAAAAUCGAUGAUCCUGAAGAAAUAAAUGCUAUAGAUCAGAUUUUCAUGAAAAACAGAACAAAUCCUCUUAAAGUCGGUUCCAUCAAAUCAAAUUUGGGUCAUACUGAACCAGCCAGUGGAAUGUGCUCCAUUGCCAAGGCGAUAAUAUCGAUGCAGUCAGGCCUCAUACCCCCAAGUAUCAAUCUUAAUCAACAACGCAAAGACGUGAAAGCUUUCACAGAAGGGAGAAUCAUGACUGUUACCGAAACGUCUCCACUUGAUGAAGAAUACAUAGCCAUUAACUCUUUCGGCGUUGGUGGUGCUAAUGCUCACAUCUUACUUAAAUCAAAUCUAAAAACGAAGGUCAAUAAAGGAAUGCCAGAUGACGAUUUGUCAAAACUCGUAGCAGUUUUUGGACGGACCGAAGAAGCUGUAGUAACCAUAUUAAAUUAUAUCGAUAAUCGACCCAUAGACGUCGAAUUUAUUAGUCUCCUUCAUGAUGUCCAUCUCAAAGAAACAUCAGGUCAUUUAUGUCAGGGAUACACGAUAACUGCUUUUAAAUCGUUUGACAAAAAACUGAGAGAGAUUGAAAACUAUUCUGAUAUAAAAAAACCAAUAUUGUUUGUUUUUUCUGAAAUGUGGUCGCAGUGGUCUGGAAUGAGUAUGGAAAUUUUUGUUCUAAUAUUUCUUCGUAAACAUAAAAAUAAUAAUCACUGCGAUUAUCAAAUGUAUUGGAAUGUGGAAUUUAAUUUUUCAAGUCAAGUCCUGAUGAAAUUCCCCACAUUUGCCAAAGCAAUAGAGAAAUGUGAUGGUGUAUUAAAGCAGUGUAAUUUGAAUAUUUAUAAAAUUUUAACUAAAAAAGAUUAUACCAUGUUCGACAAUAUCUUGCACUCGAUCGUCGGAAUUGCUGCAGUUCAAAUCGGCUUGGGAGAUCUUCUAAUUUCCGUAGGUGUAGUUCCAGACUACAUCAUCGGAUAUUUCGUUGGUGAACUUGGUUAUGCCUACGCUGAUGGAAGUUUCACAGCAGAGGAAAUGAUGUUAGCAGCAUAUUCGCGAGGAAUUGCCUUGAUAGAAACAAAAAUAUCUCAUGGUUCUAUAGCAACGGUAGGGCUUUCCUAUCAAGAUCUGAAGAAUUGCUGUUCUGCUGAUAACGACAUCGCAUGUCAUAAUGGAACUAAAAGUACAACUGUUAGCGGACCGACCGAUUCUGUGAAGAAAUUCGUUAAAAAAUUACAGGUAACUGAAGUUAUCGUGGAAGAGGUACCGUGCAAUAAUAUACCUUAUCAUAGCCGUUAUAUCGCAGCAGUUAAUUCGAAACUUUUGGUACAUUUGAAAAAAGUGAUACCAGUAGCGAAACCACGAAAAAAAUGGCUCAGUACAUCAGUGCCACGAAACGCGUGGUUGACAUCAGCCGUAAAAUUCUCGUCAGCUGAGUAUCAUACCAAUAAUCUGUUCAAACCUAUUAUCUUUGCAGGAACAUUAGCUCUGAUUCCCGAUAAUAUUGUCACGAUUGAGAUUGGAUCACAAAAUCUACUACAAGCGACUUUAAGAAAAUCAUUGCAACCAACCGUAAGAAAUAUUUUAUUAAAUCAUCCAGAUGAUAAAGAUAACGUGAUCGUUUUUCUACAAGCAUUAGGAAAGCUUUAUAACAGCGGUAUACAGCUUGAUCUUGCUAAAUUAUAUCCACACGUAGAAUAUCCGGUCAGUCGAUGUACUCCAAUGAUAUCUCCACUCAUUAGAUUGAAUCAUUCAGAUGACUGGUUUAUGACAGAUUAUAGAAGACAAGAGAAAAUUGAUUCUGGCGAACGAAUAUUUGAAAUAUCGAUCGAUUAUGAAGAAUUUCUGUAUGUUAGUGGUCACAUGAUUGAUGGAAGAAAUUUGUUUCCAGCGACAGGAUAUUUAUGUUUAGUUUGGGAAACUUUCGGCAUGAUGAUAGGACGAUUGUACACGAAAGUAUCUGUUGUUAUUGAAAAUGUAAAGUUUAAUCGAGCUACCACCAUUCCGAAAGAAGGCAAAAUUGAAAUGAUAAUCAUAAUUGAAAAAGUUACUUUCCACAACUUGUAUCUAUAUAUUGAUAUCUAUAAAGAGUUGAAGCUACGUGGUUACCAAUAUAGCGACCUCUUUCGAAGUUUACAAAGUGCCUCAAUAUCGGGAAAAAAAGGACAUGUCGAGUGGAAAAAAAAUUGGGUUGUAUUCCUGGAUAACAUAUUGCAGAUGAAAAUACUCGCUUUAGAUACCCGAGGAUUAUUCGUACUGAUUGGAAUUCGAAAAUUGAUAAUAGAUACUAAAGCUCAUCAACGAUAUUUGAAAAGUUUGACAACCAAUAAAAAAUAUGUACCUGUACAAUUACUUGAGUAUAUUGAUACUGUGAUUGUAACAGAGAGUAUGGAAAUUCAUAAUAUUACGGCACAAAGGGAAAUGUCAUUACGCGAAAUAUUAACGUUAUCUAUGCAUAUUACUCUUGAGAAUAUACCAAUGACGAAAGUGAAAACAAUAGAACUCGUUGAGAAUAAUGACAAUAUAUCUGCAGAGAAACUUGUUUCUCCAUUGUUAAGAGACAUUCUGGCCAAUUUACGUUCGAUUCAAGCAAGCGUUAAUUUAUUUGCACUACCAAAGAAAUUUGGCGAAGAAGACCUUCUUAAAAAUAUUGAAAUUUUAGAAUCGACAAAAUUACGAACAAAUGAUAUAGCGAUAUUAGCAGUUGGAUCUUGCUUAUUAACCAAUGAAAAAAAGGAAAAUUUAAAACAACUUUUGAAAUCUACAAAAGAUGGGGCUUUUCUUUUAUCGCGUGAAAAGGAAAAUAUACCAUUGGACUAUUCUAUUCUAAAGGAAUUUCGAUUAGGUAUAGUUUUGGAGAAACGUACUUCCGAGGAAUUGUGGAUAUUGUUAAGGAAGAUCGAGGAAAUUUCGAAAAAUAUUCUAUUUAUUAAUGUUAGGAGCAAUGAAUUUAACUGUUUGAAAGAAGUACAAGAUGUUCUUGCCAAUGAAACACAAGAAGAUAACACGAGAGUGAUAUUUGUUGAGGAAGGAAACUUUGAAUCUGGUCUCUUAGGAUUCAUUAAUUGCUUACAGAAAGAAACUGGAGGAAAAAUCUUUCGAGCUGUUUUAGUUCAGGAUCUUACAGCCCCGAAAUUUUCUUUAGAAUUGCCCCUUUAUUCGGAACAAUUCGAAACCGAUCUUUUCAUGAAUGUUUUACGGCCAGGAAACGUAUGGGGAUCAUAUAGGCAUCAAUUACUUCCAUCUCGUGAACCAAAGCUUAUGUAUCAUGCUUUCGUUAAUCAGUUGUCACGCGGAGAUUUAAUUGCGUUACGUUGGCUCGAAGGACCAAUUACGAAAGACUAUCAAAAGAAGAAUCUUGUUCGCAUCCAUUAUUCAUCGUUGAACUUUAAAGACGUGAUGUUGGCAACAGGUAAAAUAGGAUUAGAUGUGUUUCAACAGAUCAGAAAAGAUGUUGACAACGUACUUGGAUUUGAAUAUAGUGGAAUCAGUAUUGGUGGUCGACGUAUUAUGGGACUUAAUCCAAACAAAUGCUUAUCAAAUCUUUAUCAAAUGGACGAGAUUUUUUCUUGGACCGUACCUGAAAGUUGGAGUUUGGAAAAUGCAGCGACAGCCGCGAUUACCUUAGCUCUUCACGAAGGCUGUGAAAUAUUUAUUACCGUUGGUACACCAGAAAAACGUAAAUUCAUUAAAGAAACAUUUCCCAGUAUCGACGAUAAUCAUAUUGGAAUUUCAUCUCUGCGUUGUUUAGCCUAUAGAGAACAAUUUUUAGAAAUUGGAAAAUUUGACUUAGCCGCAGAUAAUCCGUUAAACAUCGAUGUCUUUACGAAGGAGAUCAGUUUUCAUGCUGUAAUGUUAGAUCAAAUUAUAGUUACUAAGAACGAAAUCAAAAAUGAAAUAAGUUCAAGAGUACUCAUAAAGAUACGCGAAGAAAAUGAACAACUGAAUACACCGAUCUUGACUGAACCUUAUUAUAGAUGUUUCCCGAACAAAGGUUAUACAAUUAUUGGCGGCUUUGGUGGCUUUGGUUUAGAAUUAAUCGAAUGGUUGGUUCUUCGAAAUACUAAAAAUAUUGUCAUUACUUCGCGAAACGGCUUGAAGAAUGGUAAUCAACAAAUGAGAAUCAAGAGAUGGGAAUCAUACGGCGUGAAUAUUAAGAUCCUUGUCGGUCUCGAUGCAGCUAAUCAAGAAGAUUGCGAGCUUAUAGUAAAAUCAGCAAUAGAUGAAGGUCCCGUAGAUGGUAUAUUUAACCUCGCGGUUUUUUCAUAGGACCGUAUUUGUCAUAAACACACUAUGAAUGCUUUUGAAGAAUGUUUCAAGGGAAAGGCCUGGGCAACGAAACGUUUGGACGAAGUUACUAGAAACCUUUGUCCAGAUCUUCGGCAUUUCGUAGUCUUCUACGAAAUAUGCGAAAAAAGGGUAGAAGAAGGUUUGCCUGGAUUAGCUAUUCAAUGGGGAGCGAUUGGAGACGUCGGUCUUAUUGCAGACAUGCAGGAUAACGAGAAAGAACUUGUUAUUGGCGGCACUUUACAGCAAAAAAUAACAUCUUGUUUAAAAGAAAUGAAUCGAUUUUUGGUACAAGAUAAACCUAUAGUUGCUAGUAUGAUAAUCGCUGAAAGACGAUUAGAUGGAGUUUGUUCGGACAAUGUCGUAAAUACUGUCUUAAAAAUUAUGUGUAUUAAAGAAUUGAAGAGUAUCAAUCAACAAAUUUCCUUGGCUGAACUUGGAAUGGAUUCUAUGAUGGGCGUGGAAAUAAAACAAACUUUAGAGCGCGAGUAUGAAAUAUAUCUCAACGCGGAAAAUAUUCGCAGCUUAAACUUUGCCAAACUUGUGGAAAUAGAUAAUAAGCGGGCAGGUGAUAGUAAUCGUAUUGAAAUUGCAACCGACAAAAUAUUAUUUAGUAAAAAAGUAUUGAUGCAAUUGUUCGGCGAAGAAUUUUCCUCCGAAUUAAUUAUCUCCCUUAAAACUAACCCAGAGGAAGGUCGGAGCGAGAUAUUCUUCAUUCCAGGUAUUGAAGGCUAUGGUAUAAUUUUCGAAAGUUUAGAAUCGAAAAUUAAGUCGCCAGCCACUUGUUUCCAACUUAGGACAAAUUAUGAAUUAGAAACUGUAGAAGACAUGGCCCGUUCAUUUCUACCGAUAUACUCUUUAACUAAAGAUAUAUUUGAUUAAAAUAAAUAUUAUUCAAUCUGUUGUAUUAAAAUGGUAUGCAACUUUACAUA